AUGAGGUCGAAGCAGGGAAGGCAGAUGAAUGGGGAUCAACGAGGAGAUGAGAUCAACUUACCGGAACUCGAAGAGACCUUGAUGAGGGUGAAGAAGAAAGGGAGCCACGGAUACGAAGAAGAGCAGAGCCGUGGAGGGGAGAAAGGAGAGGAAGGAUCGGAGAAGGAGGAGGAGACUUUUAUAUUCACCCCCGAGAGCAAUCGAUUAGUCGGCGGCUUCUUGGCCAGAGAUACUGAUGACUCGGUCUCAUGCUCGAAUCGAGUCGCGAGAUUGGCCGAGACAAGGCGCAAGGCAGCGAUUGCACCCGCCUCGUGA